AUGGGCCUUGUUGUUGGCGGAUUGCGCGACAAGGGCAGGCCCAAGCACAAAGCCACGGCGUGGUUGUGCAGUGGCGCGUGUGUGAGUGUGUGGGAAACGCCGGGGCGCAUCCUCCUCGGUGCGGCCCCCGCGGCCUGGUCGGUCUUCCCAAACCCCGAUCUGCUCUUGGCCCGCAACGGCGUGGACGAUGACGCCGGGUCGUCGGGGGGUGGGAGUGCCCUUAGUUUGCCUUUUUGUAUUGCUGCGCCCUCGCACACUUCCAGUCGCUCACAGUGGCGCGUGCCACAGGAACCGCGCAUCAUCCUUCCUCAGCGCCGGCCACUCUUCGGAGGGACAAAACGGAUUAGGCGGGAGCGGCCGGAAUUCAACUUGUUCUGCAUCCUCGCGUGGCGGGGAACCCCCCACUGCCGAGCUCACCUCGGAAGGGCGGUGGCGCUACACUUGCGGAGACCGAAUUAUUACGAUUAA